UUUAGAUGGGCGCAUUUUAUCUUAUCCAGCACUAGAAAUGCUAACGUGUGCCUCCGGACUCUCUUCGUCGUCGAGCGUUGAACGCUCUCUCUCUCUCCCUCUCCCUCUCUUUCUCUCUCUGAGUCUCAGUCUGAGCGAUUCAUCCAAGAAAUGAUGCAAUUGUUACAUCAGUUGUGGUUAAUCAUCUGUUAAUCCGAAAGUGCCGCAGAAUGUCGCUGGCAAUUCAAUCCUUCGUCGCCAACAGGAAUCCUCCCGCUACUCCUCGUCGCGCUCUGUUUACGCCGAUCCAUUUGUUGAGUCCCAAACUUCCGCCAUUUUUGAAUUCCAGAACGAAUUUCCCGAUCUUCACGCUCUCCGCGCCACAGUCCCGCCUUUCUCCCGUCCGGAAAAUCAAGGCGUCUUUCGACCAAUCGUUUGGCGCCUCGAAGAGCCUAAUCGAUGAUUUCAACUUCGACGGCUUGCUCCACGUUCUCGAGUUCCUCUGCCUCGCUUCCUCCGCCGCGAUUUCCGUUUACGUGGCGCUGAGCGACGGAUUCCCAAAAUUAGGGAUUCUGGUCUGGCAGUUUGGGGUUUUGGCCAGCGCCGCCGCGAUUGGAGCGGUUAUAAGGCGGCGGCAAUGGCGGAGGCUCUCCGGCGGUGGAUUUUCGGAGGGAUCGGGCUCUCGUGGAGCAAAUUUGUUGGGAAGAGUGGAGAAAUUGGAGGAGGACCUCCGGAGCUCGGCCACCAUAAUUAGGGUUUUGUCUAGGCAGGUUGAGAAGCUCGGAAUUCGGGUUCGGGUCACCCGGAAGACGCUCAAAGAACCCAUUGCAGAGAUGGCAGCAUUAGCGCAGAAGAAUUCUGAGGCUACCCGAGCAUUGGCAGCCCAAGAGGACAUUCUCGAAAAGGAGCUUUGCGAAAUCCAGAAGGUUCUCCUGGCUAUGCAGGAGCAACAAAGAAAACAGCUCGAGCUAAUUCUUGCAAUAGGGAAAGCCGGGAAGUUGUGGGAGAACGAACAUUUACUGUCCAAAGAUCCAAAAGCAUCGCCCGAUCCCUCUAAAUCAUCUGCAGAUCGAGGUCGAAAGCUGGACAUAAACCCGACCCCAACUCCCGAGCUGCAGAAGCAAACCAAGGCGGAGCUUUCGUAGAGAAACUCGAACAUUUUCGACGUUUUUUCUAGAAGGAAUUUGUGUUAGAACAUGACAUAACUCACAUCCACAGGAAGCUUUUCUCUUGGCUAAAGAGAGUUGUAAGAA